GUCUCUGCGGACGAGCCACUUGCCACUUCACACUGAACCACUCGCGUGAUAUUGACGUUUGCUUCAGGUCGCAACUGACUAGCCGAACAAGCCUUUUUAUUUCUAGAAAUAAUCGCUACACAUAAAAACUUUUUGAGCAAAUAAACACCCCUUUCGACGGGAUUGUUGACGGACGUUUGUUUGAAAGCAUUUUUGACGGUUUAAUCAUGAAGACAGAGGCCAGCCCUAGGCGUCUUGGUGAGGGCGUGAAGGUCAUCUUUGACCAGGAAGCUCCAUCCAGUCGUGGCUCCGCUCGCUCCCGCAGCAGCAGCAGCAGCACCAGUGACAGCUCAUAUUCAAGCAGCAGAGUAAGCCGCUCGUCCCGUGGGUCAUCACGACACCGACGCAGAUCCCGCUCCUCCUCGUCCUCUGACAGUAGCUCUUCCUCUCGCUCUCGUUCCCGCUCUCACCCACGCUGCCACAGGGCCUCAGGCCACUCGCGCUGUCACCACAGACACCAUUCUCCUCCACGCCAUUACCGUGCUCGCUCCCGCUCUUUUAGCCCAUCCCCUGAGCGUUCCUCCCGCUACAGACGCUACCAUCGUCGCUCUCGCAGUCGCUCUCCAUCUCCCUACAGGUACUCCAGACGCUACAGGCGUUCUCCAUCCCGAUCCCGCUCUCGCACCCGCUCUCCCAUGUACUGGAGGGGCAGCAGGUUUGUGGGGAGGUACCGAUGCCGCUUUUCUACAUCACCCAGAAACUCCAGACCUCACAGAAGUCGGUCCCGAAGCCGUGAACGUGGUGCAAUCCGCCUCAGUCAAGAGGAAAAGAAGUAUCUAUUGAACAUUGCCAAAGCUAAUGCCACCAGGAUUCUGGGAGUGCAGAACAUAGAGUUGCCAGCUAGCUUGAAGGAGCUGGAUGAGGAAGAGAAGAGGAGGUCUUCAUCUGUUAAAGAAGAAAGGGUGAGGACUGACCCAGUACCACAGAAGACACCAGCACAGGUAAAUGUUGUUACCAAUGAUGAUGAGGCUGGAACUUCUGUGACAUCACCAAAGAGGAAGCCAAUUUCCUUUAGCGUCACUAAUGCUGUUGCCAGACCUUCAAACAGCCCAACAUUCCAUGAGAGUAAGGUAACCUCAAGAGCCGACAGCGUAGCGGACAGAAAACCAUAUGGACACUGGGUCUCCAUCAGCAAAUCCUCUCCAAAAAAUAACAAACACUGAGAUUCACUGUAACUGGUGUAAAAUGACUGUAAAUAAUGUAAAUAGUUUGUGCUUACAUUGGUGGGUGGGGGGGAUAGGGAGCAACUGAUUUCAUCGUAAAUGUUUUCUUUCAGAUAUAAAGUGGGUUAUGUUGGAAGAAGGCAAGAGGAUGUCAAACAGGUGGGACAUAAUCUGUACAUUUUGUUGUUCUUGUGCUGUCUAGUGUGAUAUUUCUAAAUAAAGAGCAUUGAAAACA